AUGGAUUUAUUCGGCACGGAAGAGAUGGCAGCUGCCUUGCCCGAGGCUUCAGGGACCACAGGGGUCGUCAAUCGCCUGAACCAGGAAGCUGCAACUCUCGCUCGCGACAAAGGCUGGACAGAGCCAGAGAAAUAUGACUACUCGCGAUACGCAGCUCCUACCGAGGAAGCAGCUACUGGCAACCCCUCUUACGACGCGACUCCUUGGGCCUCUGAUGCUCGUAAGUAUGAGUGGAAAGAGGACUACGGUGAUGUUGGUCCUGAAGACGAGGAGCUGGAGAAGAUGCUUUAUCGUCAUGACUUGAUCAACCGUGCUGGCGUCAAAUUCGAAAAUCUAAGCAGCAUCAAGGUUGUCGUCGAGGCCGUGGAGAAAAUUGCCCCAAUCUCCCGCUUCGCUGAUGCUGGCUUGCAUCCCAUCAUGGAGAAGAACGUCAGGCUGUGUGGAUACACCAUUCCAACUCCCAUCCAAGCAUAUGGAAUCCCCGCCAUUCUCGAGGGACGUGACUUGCUGGCUGUCGCACAAACUGGUUCUGGAAAGACUGCAGCAUACCUCGUUCCUAUUCUAUCGAAGCUCAUGGGCAAGGCGAAGAAGCUCGCAGCUCCUCGUCCUAAUAUCACAGAAGGAUUCGAGCCCAAGGUUCACGCAGUUCGUGCUGAGCCAUUGGUUCUGGUCAUCGUGCCUACUCGUGAGCUAGCUUGCCAGAUCUUCGAUGAAGCUCGUCGUCUUUGCUAUCGCUCAAUGUUUCGUCCCUGCGUUGCCUAUGGUGGCGGGCCCGUUUCUCAUCAACGUAUGGAGCUUCAGAAGGGUUGUGAUAUCUUGAUUGGGACACCAGGACGUCUCAUUGACUUCAUGGGCCAACCCCAUGUCCUUUCAUUGCGUCGUGUCCGAUACACCGUUAUCGAUGAAGCAGACGAGCUCCUCAAUUACGACUGGGAGACAGAGUUUACUCAACUUCUUUCUGGCGGAGAUUCCAACGAGGAUGCUGAUCACCGUUACAUGAUGUUCUCGGCAACGUUCAACAAAACAUGCCGUCAAGUUGCGAAGAAGUACUUGGAACAUGGCUAUGUGCGCAUCCGUGUUGGUCGCCUUGGAAGCAGUCAUGCAAACAUCGAACAACGCGUGUACUAUGCAGAUGACUCGGUCAAAGAGCAGUGUCUUUAUGACCUGCUUCUCUCCAUGCCUCCCGCUCGCACUCUCAUUUUCGUCAAUACCAAAGCCCAGGCAGAUCGUCUCGACGAUUUCCUCUACAAUCGGGGCCUUCCAAGCACCUCCAUUCACUCUGAUCGCACUCAGCGUGAGCGUGAAGAUGCUAUGUCAGCAUUCCGUUCAGGCAAAACCCCUAUCCUCAUCGCGACCGGAGUGUCUUCUCGUGGCUUGGAUAUCAAGAACGUUAUGCACGUGAUUAACUUUGACCUCCCUAGCUCCGACCAAGGUGGCAUCGACGAAUAUGUCCACCGCAUUGGUCGAACUGCCCGUAUUGGCAAUGAGGGUAUCGCAACCUCCCUAUACAAUCACGAUAGGAACACUGAUAUUGCGCAAAACCUGGUCAAAGUCCUCCUGGAGAACAAGCAGCCGAUCCCUGACUUCCUGGAGGACAUGAAACCCGAAGGCGAACUCGUCUUUGACGAUGACAACUCCGAGGAAGACGAGGAGAGCAACGUAAUCGCCGCUGACGCUGAACCGCAGUCUACCGAGCCAGCUUCUAUAUUUGACGAAUUCUCCGAGUCCAAGCAGGAGGCUGCUACCGAAGCACCUGUUGAUGGUAAGGAAGUUGAGUGGUAA